UAGACCGUAAGGAAGCAAUCGUUUGUGAGCAAUUCAUGCUACAACUCAUCCAACCACUGCAUUUCCAGUCUCUGGACAUUGUCAACUAUUUAUUCAUCACUGACGAGUGAAUAGGGACAGAUAAAUAGUCGAAUAAACUAUUAAUCGAGUGCAUCGGUCGUGAUAGAAAAUUGAUAACGAAUAAGUCCGGUUGAUUGAUUCGACGAGUGGCGGAAAACGUGUGAUCGUGGGCUGGAAUAUUUCAGUUUGGUGACUCGUGUUUCUGAGGGAGAUAUAUCCAAGAGCAGACAUGGCUGCUAUGUCCGUCAUUGGAAUUGACUUUGGCAACGAGAGUUGCUAUGUUGCUGUUGCGAGGGCCGGUGGCAUCGAAACCAUCGCCAAUGAUUAUAGUUUACGUAGUACACCAUCAUGGGUUGCAUUCAGUGGAAAAAAUCGUAUUCUGGGUGUUGCAGCCAAGAAUCAAAUGGUGACAAACAUGAAAAACACAAUUUUUGGAUUCAAGAGAUUACUGGGUAGAAAAUUCAACGAUCCACAAGUGCAGAAGGAGAUACGUUUCCUGCCGUAUAAAAUAACAGCACAGCCAGAUGGGACUAUUGGCAUACAUGUACAAUACUUGGGUGAAGAGCACAUAUUCACACCCGAACAGAUAACAGCAAUGCUCUUCACAAAAUUGAAAGAAAUAUCGGAGACGGCGCUGCAAACAGCUGUUAAUGACUGUGUGAUUUCGGUACCCUCUUACUUCACACAGGCUGAACGGCUCGCUCUUUUCGAUGCAGCUAGAAUCGCUGGCCUAAAUGUUUUACGUUUGUUCAACGAAACAACAGCCACUGCCCUGUGCUAUGGCAUUUACAAACAGGAUUUACCUGCACCGGAAGCACCAUCCCGUAACGUCGUUUUUGUUGAUUGCGGCUAUGCCAGCCUUCAAGUCAGCAUUGCUGCUUUUCAUAAAGACAGACUGAAGAUGUUGGCAAGUGCUGCGGAUUCCAACUUAGGAGGUCGAGACAUUGACAUGAUCCUCGCGAACCACUUCUGCAAAGAUUUUCAGGCCCGCUACAAGAUCGACGCCCACUCGAAUCCUCGUGCCUAUCUACGACUUCUGGCUGAGGUCGAGAAGAUAAAGAAACAAAUGUCAGCUAAUUCGACGAAGUUACCUCUUAACAUCGAGUGUUUCAUGGAGGAGAAGGAUGUCCAUGGGGAUAUGAAGAGAGAGGACAUGGAGGGCAUGUGCCAGCAUCUGUUCAGUCGUGUGGAGGUGACCUUGAAGAAGUGUCUUCGUGAUUCCGGUCUAAAACUCGAGGAAAUUCACUCAGUGGAGAUAGCCGGAGGCUCUAGCAGAAUUCCAUCGAUCAAACGACUGGUGGAGGAGGUAUUUGGCAAGCCAGCAUCAACAACUCUCAAUCAGGAUGAGGCAGUUGCACGAGGCUGCGCCCUUCAGUGUGCCAUGUUGAGUCCAGCUGUCAGAGUUCGUGAUUUUGCUGUCACUGAUAUUCAGCCUUAUCCAAUUAAAAUAAGUUUCGAUCCCCCAGAGGGCGAGGAUGAGGAACUCGAAGUAUUUUCUUACAAUCAUGCAUUCCCAUUCUCGAAGUCCUUGACUCUGAAGAGGAUGAAUCCACUUUCUCUGAUUGCCACUUAUGUCUCUCAACCUCCAACAUACCCAGCAACACAUAUAGGUGUCUGGCACAUAAAAAAUAUCAAGCCCACCCCAGAGGGUGAGCCCUCAAAAGUAAAGAUCAAAGUGAGAUUAAACCUGAACGGAAUCUUCACAGUGACAUCAGCUGUUCUAGUGGAAAAACGUGAAUUGACUCAGCAAGAGCUUGAAGAGGAGGAGAAACAACAGCAGCAGCAGCAACAGCAGCAGCAGGCGAACAACACUGAAGCAGAGCAAGACAAGCCAGACCAGGCAGCCCAGGCUAAAGAGCCGCCAGCUCAGGAGGUGCGCGUGGAUAAGGGCCAACGAGACUCAGACGCUGAGGAUGAUGAAAGACGUUCCAAGGGCUCUGGCCCAUCCUAUUCCUCCAGGAUUCGAUCUUGGUUCAGCUCGGGAGACGACAAGGAAGAUGCAAAAGGCAAGAAGAAGACUCCCAUUCGUCUGGUGGACCUUCCAAUCGAAGUGAACACCUCUAGCCUCCCCCAGCACGAGUUAGACAUAGCCCUUGAGAAGGAAUGCAAGAUGGUAGCUGAGGAUCGACAGGAGAAGGAGCGAAUCGACGCGAGGAACGCCCUGGAGGAGUACGUUUACGACCUGCGUGGUAAGAUAUCCGACGAUGAUCAGCUGGCCAACUUCAUAACAGAGGAGAACCGAGAGAGCCUGAGCAGAACCCUGGACGACACAGAGAACUGGCUGUACGAGGAGGGGGAGGAGUGCAACAGGCAGGUGUACCAGGAUCGUCUGUCCCAGCUGAGGAGUCAUGGUGAGCCCAUCAAGGACAUCAAGAAUGAGUACGAGGGUAGGCAGGCUGCCCUGAGUGACUUGGCAGCCACUCUCCAACUAGCAAAGAAGGGAUACGAUCAGAUCAAGGGCUCCAAGGACGACAAGUACUCUCACGUCACUGACGAGGAGCUCAAGACCCUGGGAAAUGUCAUCAAGGACAAGUGGGCAUGGCUCGAGGAGGCACAUGCUGUCUUCGCAGCCACUCCACGCACCCAAAUGCCUUCGAUAACACUUGCACAAGUUCGCAGUGUCAGGCAGACUGUCGACAACACUGCUAAUCCCAUUAUUAAUAAACCAAAGCCCAAGGUCGAGCCACCCAAGGACGAGAAGAAGGAGAAGGGAAGUGAGGAGAUGAAGAACCAUCAGAAUGCACAGGGACAGGAGAAUCAGACCACCAAGGAAGAUAAAAUGGAUGUCGAGUAGAUUUGGAGAUAUUUAUACGUUUCCAUUAAACUGAAUUAUUAUUGCGGUUAAUAAAACAAUUCGACGAGUA